GGCAUAGUCGGGACCUUCGACAGUUCGACCAGUCCGCCCUCCACGCUGGAUCGCCCGCAGGCCGGCCGCCAGGCUGCCGGCUCCCUACUCCGGCGCCAGGUCCUCUGGGCUCUGGUGGCGGCUGCCGUUGCCGCCGCCGCGGGCCCAGAGCUGGGACACGCCCAGAGGGCGGCCCCAGCCGUACCUCGCCGGAGGUGGAUGAGCUCCCUGCUGAGCCACCGCCUCGCUCGCCUUGGAUGGUCAGGGGCGUACAGCUUUGGGGCCUGGGCUCGCGCUUUCGUCUCCGCCUCGUUUUCCAACCCUGACCCUGACCCCACCUCCGAGCCCGCCCCCGAACCGGACAUGGACGGGCCCUACGGGCUGUCUGUGCGGGAUCUCAACGAUCUGCUAUCGGAGGGCGGCUGCUACAGUCUCCCGAGCGAGUCCUGCAACGAGGUGCUCCCCAGGAUCUACGUGGGCAACGCGUCUGUGGCUCAGGACAUCUCCAAGUUACAGCAACUGGGUAUCACACAUGUGCUGAAUGCUGCUGAGGGGAAAUCCUUCAUGCAUGUGAACACCAGUGCCCAAUUCUAUGAAGGUACCGACAUCACUUACCUUGGCAUCAGAGCUAACGACACCGAAGAGUUCAACCUCAGUGUUUUCUUUGAGAGGGCAGCAGAGUUUAUUGAUAGCGCUCUGAUCCAGAAUGGCAGGGUGCUUGUCCAUUGCCGAGAAGGUUAUAGCCGCUCUCCUACUUUGGUCAUCGCGUAUCUCAUGCUUCGCCAGAAUAUGGAUGUCCGAACUGCACUGAGCCUUGUGAGACGCAACCGAGAGAUUGGCCCCAAUGACGGCUUCCUGACCCAACUCUGCCAGCUGAAUGAGAGACUAAUUGAGGAAGGAAAGUUGUAGCCCACUGAGAAUCCGAGACUAGUCUGCCAGGGGUCUUGGUCGGGGAGUUAUUGAGUGAAUCCCAAGAAAGCUGCCCCACCAAGUUAGGUUAUACAACAAGCAACUUUCCAGCUACUCAUUUAAGUACCUUCCAGUGAGUCGUUCUGAAAGAGGCCCUCUGCCCCAGGGAUAUCUGCAGGAGGCCGCAGGGAAGGGAGCUGCUUUAGAAGUUAUUUCUGGUAACUUGAGUAUUCAUUACUCUGUGUGAAAUGUAAUGCUUUCCCUUUCCCCAGAGGUGGGAUGCUAACUUGACAGACUGGAGAUGUUUAUUUUCACCUCAGGAGGUGCCUUUCUCCAGAGUCUUGCCCUCAGCAUUUUCAAGCCCUGGAAGAGCCCUUCCACCAAGGCAUUGGUGGCUCCUUACUGUAGGUGCCCUUCCCCUGCUCUUUACCCCCAGGCCUGCGCAUUCACAUAUCUGCCAAACCCAUCUUUACUCUCUUAUCUGGGACGCUUGGUUAGCAAAACCAGGUUGUACUCCCCUGCCCACCUUGGUUCAGAGGGUCCCAGGAUGCCAGUGAUUGAGGGAUUCCCACAAAAAAUCCCCAUGAAUCAAAAGACCCCAGAGGAAAAGAAACUGGAGGAGUAGAAAUCAUUAAACAAGAAGAGAAAAUCAA